AUGGCGCUCCGCGGCCACGCGGGGGCGGUGCGGCGGGUGGUCAUCUCGCCCGAUGGGCGGGACGUGCUGACGGCGUCGGACGACGGCGGCGUGCAGAUCUGGGACAUGGACAUUGGCGAUUGCGUUAUGCAGCUGCGCCGCCCGCCGCCCCCCGGCGCGCCGCCCGUGCCGCUCACCGCCCUGGCUGUCUCCCCAGACGGCGGCGCGGCCAUCACCGGCGACGAGGCCGGCACCAUCUGCUGGUGGGAGCUGCAGGGGGGAACCCUCAUGCGCAGCUUCCCCGCGCACGCGGGCAGGAUCAACGCGCUCGCGGUGGACCCCCUGGGGGGCCGCUGCGUCAGCGCCUCGUCGGACGGCACCGCCAAGGCGUGGGCGGUGCUGGACGGGCGGCUGCAGUGGACCAUGGCGGGCCACGGCAGGACGGGAGCCACGGGGGCGGUGCGUCGCCACACCCGCGCGCACACCGCGCGCCCCUCGCCCACUGCGGCCCCCGCCCCGCGCCCCUGCGGCCCCGCGCUGCUUGCGAGGUCGUGCGGUGUAUGUUUGUGUGCGUGCGUGCGUGUGAUUCUGCCUGCGGGCGAGGCUGCUGGCCUUUGA